CGCGAAAUUGGAGCAUCUGCUUGAAAAAGAAGUGCCAAAAUCCCGUCAUCCGUUCGUCACCGAAAGCGUUCCAGAGAAUCACGAGAUCUACUGCUCCGGCAACAACACGCUGAUGCACCUCAAUAUAUCAUGUGAAGAAAUGCAAAAGCACGAUGAAGAAACUUUUCAUUUCUAAUACAAGUGAUUGCAGAUAAUUUGAUCACAGAAAAGGUGCUUGAGGAAUUGGCCGAUACAGUAAAGUAUCAAAAGUCCAUGAGUCUAUUACAGGCUGGAAGUAACAACAAUGUCAGUAUUAGCAGCAACAACAACAGCAAUAAGGGCUUGAGCAGAGUGGUGAUGGAAGGGAAGCUUCCCGAUUGCGGAACAUCUUUAAAGGAAAUCAACAGUCUCAUAGGUUACCAUAGAUCAAGUGUCGGUAGAUCGUCGGCGACCAUCGGCAGCGCUGGGAAACGACCUUCGAGCGCGAGGAAUCUUAUCUAAUCUAUCUCUCUCCCCCACUGUAUAUGAUGUGUUGUUGUUGUUGAUGUUUAUUAACGUGCGCGUUUAUUACUCGAAAACACAAUCUAAAUAAAUUGCCUACUUACUCGUAGAUGAAGACGAUGGCUGCUUCUGUUGCUGCGUCCAAACUGUACAAGGUGUUCGUUUACGGCACCCUCAAAAGGGGAGAACCGAAUCACGAAUGCUUCUCCAAAUGCAAAGACGGUUACCACAAGUUUCUGUGCGAGGCGGAAACGGUGGAAAAGUACCCACUUAUCAUUGGUACUAGAUUCAACAUUCCGUUCCUUUUGCACAACCCAGGGAAAGGUUUCAAUGUGAUGGGAGAGGUGUACGAGGUGGAUGAACGCGUUCUCGCCGAUCUGGAUGAACUCGAAGAUCAUCCCAACUAUUACUGUCGCAACGAAUUCAUGGUCAGACCUUUGCUCGCAUCUGAUGGAAGAAGCGGAGGAUCAUCGACGUCGCAGAUAAUAAAGAUGCCAGUUUGGAUCUAUUUCAUACACAACUUCAGGCCGGAAUUGCUCGAGAGGACGACCUACCGUAGCUACAGCAAUAACGGUGAUCAUGGGCUCAAAUACGUGAGCAGGUAUCUAAGAGAUCCCGAAUCGACGGAGAAAGCACGUCGCGACAUACUCGUAUAAUAGAAAAACGAUAUUAUAUCUAUGCAUUGCAGCGAAAUGUCCACCGUCGACGACCUGAACAAUAUCUAGACCGCCCACGUCCACGCCUCUCCCUCCAACCGGACAACGCCCACUUUUUAACAAACAUAUAUAGAGGAGGAGACAUUCAAUGUUUUUGGUUUAUAUAUAUAUAAAAAGAAUCAUGUAUUUGUAUCAUAAUAAUAGUUGUUGUUGUUGCAGUAAUAAUCAUAAUAUUUUUGUUGUUGUUGUUGUUAGUUACUUAAUUCAGUUUCAGCCACGCAAAUAUAAAAUUAAAAUAAAUUUUAUAU